AUGCAUCACAAUAUUCCAGCCGAUGAUAUUCCUAGAACAGAGGUUGGGAACAUAUUUGCCAUCACCGGCAAUACUGGGCCUGCUGCCUUUUGGAUAAUUUAUCACCUCUAUUCCAAUCCAUCUGCUCUGGAGAGCUGCAGGGAUGAAGUAUCUAACAUCAUCCAAGAGGACGGAAGUAUUGCGCUUCCAUGGCACAGGGAUCUCUGCUCGCAUGAUUCUAGAAGACCAUAUGCUCGACGGCAAGGCGGUAACGUCGACGAAUUCUAUCAUGAGCACUUCAUACGGUCAACCCAUCAGAAGCGUCCAAACCCAGUUGCUUUCCGUGGGUUUGGAGGCGGGACUGGUCUCUGCCCCGGUCGACACUUUGCUAGUACAGAGAUCCUAGCGUUUGCGGCUCUGAUGAUCACUCGUUUUGAUGUACGACCGAUUGGUGGGAAGUGGAAUCGUCCUGGAACGGAUAAAGCGGCUCUAUCCGCCUCUGUGGCUCCUCCCAAUGUUGACUUUGAGGUUGAGAUUACUCCUAAGAGCAUUUAUGAGUGGCGCAUAUCUUGUAUGGGAUCUGAUAAGGCUAUGGAGAUCGCAGCUGAAGACAUUGUUAGUGAAAAAUAG